AUGUGGGGAAUAAAGCGCCUCUCAUCGGCCGCGUCCCAAAUCACACCAGCAGCAGCAGCAGCCUGAGACACUGAGAGACUGAGAGACAGAGACAGCCUGAGGAGGACACUGUGCGGUUAGAGACACUACAGCAAAACUACAGAACAACAUCUCAUCACUCUUCUACUUACUUACUGACCUGCUUACUGAAGGCUUUACAGGGAGUUAGAGUGUUUUGUAUAUCCAGGACCGAACUGGUCUCACGAUGGGAGUUCAGGGCCUCAAGACCUACAUUAAGAACAGUGAUGUUCUGAAAAUUCGUUGCUUUAGAGACAGCAAACUCAUCAUUGAUGGAUCAAAUUUGUGCAUCUGUCUUUAUUUUGAGUCUAGUCUGGACCAAGUGCACGGUGGAGAUUACGAAGGAUUUGAGAAAAUAGUCACAUUGUUUUUUAGCAAUCUUAGACUGUGCAGUAUUGAGCCCUACGUGGUGCUUGAUGGUGGAGACGACGCCAGUGGCAAAAAAUUUGACACCAAGAUGUCAAGACGUCAGGAUAGACUCAGAAGAGCCAAUGCCAUGACCAGGGGACGUUCAGGAGGUAUUUUACCAAUUCUCACCAAAAAAGUCUUUAAGCAGAUCCUUCGAAAACUCGCAGUUCCCUUCAUUCAGUGUCUGGCAGAGGCGGAUUGGGAAGUGGCCGCAUUGGCCAACGAGUGGAACUGUCCUGUUCUGUCCAACGACAGCGAUUUUUAUAUUUACAGCCUCAAGUGUGGAUUUUUGCCCAUCACUCAUUUCCAGUGGAAGAAAGUGAGUCUGCUGAGACGCAGUCCGAAAAAUAAUUACAUCCCUACCAAGUCAUACCAUAUUCAUACUUUAUGCAAUGCUUUUAACCGCAUGAACAAGUAUCACCUUCCACUUUGUGCCACCAUCCUUGGAAACGACUACACCAAACUGGACAAGAGUGUGUUUCCAAACUUCUCAAAGUUCUCAACCAGACCUGGAGGAAGCGCUCAGAUCGAUGGCUUACUCAUUUGGCUGUCACGGUUCCCCAGCCCAAAAGAAGCCAUCACUGCUCUCCUUAGCCCCCUGGGGAGAAACAGGAAUUCUGCCAGCAUGCGAAAAGCAAUAUAUCAGGGAAUGGCAGAGUACAGACUCAAUCCCAGCUCCAUAGCCCAGUUCUUCAUGAGUGGAGAACCACCGAUAAGGCCUCCAGGCCCUUUACAGAACCUGCCAGACUGGACUCUGAAACCUUUGGCAGAAGGCACAAUGGCUUCCAUCAUAAUUAAAGUCCUGACACGGCAGAGCAUCAUGUUGAACAUUCAAGUGGAAGAUUUUGAUCUGAGCAGCAGCAAUGAGACGUCGCAGCUGAUUAGACAGGUGACGUACGGCGUUCUGCUGUGUACUAGGUGGCAGAAGGUUGGUAAACGCAGCACUUCUUCUGGAGAGGAACAGCAAUAUAAUGUGGAGGAAUACAACAGGCAGGGAAUGACACUGACCAGCUCCAUGGUUCCAGCUCUUCUACCAAGCCGUGUAACAGACCUUCACCUGGACUCACUGUGGGAGUCACCAGAAGAUGUACGCCUACAGAUCCUGUUGGAUGCUCUGUGUGUGUCUCCUGUGUUCAAUUCACUCCUCAUCCCAGUAAAUCUGCAGCUAGCCGUGUACGUCACAGGUUUCUGGCUAAAUCAUGCAAAGCCCGAGCCAACAGCCGAAAUGUUUUGGGCUUUACUCAUUAACCUGGUCUACGGACACCUGUGCAGAGAACAUCAGACUGCAAUAGAGGCAGGCACUGUGAUUUUGAGGAUUAAAAACCUUCAGGAUCGCAAAGGUGAGAAGCAUUUGGACCUGGAGCUGGCUCACGCUUACUGUCAGUGGCUGUCCUGUUUAAAGUGCAGUCUCACUCUCAAUCAGCUUCUGAACCAUCCAGUGCCCGACCCGGACCUAGUGUGGUUAUACAACGGCCCUCUGGUACACGCCGUCGCUCACGAGCUAAUGAGGGGCGUCGAACCCGAGUCUCUCCUCGCCGGAGCCUCUUUAGCCGUAGAGCUUUACCGAAAUCUACAGGCCACAUUGGAGCGUGAGCUGGACAACGACUUCCUCAUAAGAAUGAGGACGAGGGCGGGGCCGCGGGGACGCAGAGUAAACGACGAUCCAGCGGACGAACUGAGCAAAAUGUUUAAACAUCUGAUGGCCAAUGAAGAGGACAAUGACGAUGGUGACAAGAUCUACGAGGAAACCUGCAGCGUUCGCACCAGACACGUGAGCCGUGGUCACAUCGAGGAUCCGAGAGCCAAGAAGUACGAACGUGUGAAGUGGUGCUAGAUACGACUGAAGCAAGAUGAAACGUCAUCUGAAACACUACCAUUAGAGUCACUUUAAUCAUUCUCACAUUUUAGUAAAAACAAAAUAGGAAAUUAUUCCCAGCACAUUACCUUUGAUUUAUAGUGAAACGUCUAAUGAAUUGCACCAGAAUUAUUAUUUUUUUACUCCACAAGAGGGCAAGGAGUUAUUCUUUUUACUCCACAACUUACUCAGGUGUGUAUCAGCAUGUGUAUGGACUGUUAAACAAUCCUGCCAUGGCAGUAUAUCAGCAUCAGCCAUAUAAAACCCUGACCCAGUUUACACAUGUGCCAGAGUUAUUUUUUUGCAGUAAUGUAAAACACGUAAUAUGAGUUAAUCAGCGUGUUAGUUACCGUGUUAAAUGUUACUGAUGAUGUAUUAAUGGUAAAGUUAAAGAAUAAUAAUGAGCAUUAUCAUAAUCAUUGUGUCUAUUAAGACAUUGUGGAGGUCAUGUGCAUGGGCCAGGAGCAGAGAUGGAAAUGAUUAUUAGAAAGUAUAAUUGGGUUAAAAUGAGAUUGGAGUUGCUGUGGGGUUUCAGUGUUUUGUUUUUAUAACUGUGGAAAUAACUGUAUUUAUAUUUGUCUGUAAUUAAAUAAUUGUGAAAAACAAUGACAAGGAAAUAGUUUUUCAAAUGUUUUAAAAUAUUUUAACAGAAUUUUUAGUUGAUUUCUUUCCUUUAAAUGAUGGGACU